AUUAAGAGUGUCAAGUAUGUAUUAAUAAAUCUGAAAAUAACCAGAUACGUAUUAAUUCGAAAUUCAAAAUGAUUCAUAUUUUUAUUGAAGUUUGAAUACAAAAUAAAUUUAUUCCAUACAGAACAGAAAACGAAAAAUGGCCAUAUCAGGUUAUUGCACUCAAUUUUCUUUAAUUAAAAUAGUUUCGCUUGAACAAAAAACUUAAGUCACAAAUAUAUUUUAAUUGUAAUCCACUGAAUGAAUUAGUGAUAAAUUACACAACUGUAAAUGCUUGUAUACAGAUGUCACAACAUUUUGGUUAAACAUAUCAAAUUAUUCGAAUAAAAUUAAAAUUCAAUGAGUUGAGAAUUAGACUAAUAAAGUAAUUGUUCCUAUGCCAAAAGUAAAAGCUGGUAGGAUAUGUCAGCUAACAAGACCGUCGUUUACUUUGUAUUAGACAAUUUGAUUUAAAGAUUGUUUUAGACAGUCUACCCUCUGGAAGGUAACUGGAGAAUUUUAUCCCAAAAUUUCGUUUAGGGAUCUAAUGUAGUAAAAUGCUAGCAUCUUCCUAAUUCAUAUAAAAUUCAGUUAUAUUCAGAAUGGGGUAAUAGUUUUCGUUUUUUCAUCGACUUUCCAGUUAAUGAUAAGAACUUGAUUUAUUGAUGCCUGUUAUUCUGUAUCCAUGUUGUAUAUGUGAUAGUAGUGAGAUUUACUAGUCAUUUAUAUUUUUUUGGUACUAAUAUCUAAAGUAAAAAUAUAAUCUCUUUCAAUUGAAUCUAUUAGCUACUAAAUAUCAAUGAAAACAAACACUUGAAAAAUUUAUUUUGAGAACAGAUUUUAUUUCAUAUAAGAUCAUUUUUAUAUUUGGCUGACUACUAUCCUGAUCAUUCAUUAUUCGCUUGAAGUAUAUGCAAUAAAACUCGACAUACUUAACACUACGACAUAAUAAUAAUGAUGGUAGUUAACAAAAAUAUAAUUUUAACAUUACUUAAUUAUACUGAUUAUGAAGGUCAAUUGUAGUAUUUAUAUUCAAAAAUUCUUUCGUAUCGAUAAGACUGGAUAAUCGAAAUCGGUUCAUUAAUUUACAUUCAAAAAUUUAGGACAUAAUAAAGAUGUUUUAUACGAAAUUAUCAAUUAUUGGUGUAGCGUUACCAAAAAUAUUUUCUACACCAUUCUAUUAUUCAAGAUACAAAAGUACACUCAGAAAAAUAGAUAAAUUAUUAAUCGCAAACAGAGGAGAAAUUGCUUGUCGAAUUAUACGAACUUCUAAAAGACUUGGUGUAAAAACUGUUGCUGUUUACAGUGAUGUUGAUAAAAAUUCCUUGCAUGUUUCAUUAGCAGAUGAGUCGUAUGCAAUUGGUCCAGCAACAGCUGCACUGAGUUAUUUGAGAGGCGAGAAACUUUUAGAAAUAGCUAAAAUAUCUGGCUGCCAAGCUAUUCAUCCUGGAUAUGGAUUUUUAUCUGAAAAUGUUGAAUUUGCUGAGAACUGCCAAAAAGAAAAUAUUAUUUUCAUUGGACCUCCAGCAGCGGCGAUCAGAGAUAUGGGAAUCAAAAGUACUUCUAAAGCUAUUAUGGCAGCUGCGGGAGUUCCAAUAAUUGUAGGCUAUCAUGGAGAGGAUCAGAGCACAGAAACUUUAAAACAAGAAGCUCGAAGGAUUGGCUUUCCAGUUAUGAUAAAAGCUGUUAGAGGCGGAGGAGGAAAAGGAAUGAGAAUAGCUUAUACAGAAGAAGACUUUGAAGAAGCACUGGAAUCUGCAAAAACAGAAUCUCAAAAAUCCUUUGCCGACUCUGUAGUUUUAUUGGAAAAAUUUGUAACUGAACCAAGGCAUGUGGAAGUACAAGUAUUUGCUGAUUCACAUGGGAAUGUAGUACAUUUAUUUGAGAGAGACUGUUCAGUUCAAAGGAGGCACCAAAAAAUUAUUGAGGAGGCUCCAGCACCGGGAUUAUCGCCUGAAUUGAGGAAUGAAUUAGGUUUGGCUGCAGUUAGAGCUGCCAAAGCUGUUAAUUACGUUGGAGCUGGUACAGUAGAAUUUAUUUUAGACAAAAAGUCCCAUGCUUUUCAUUUUAUGGAAAUGAAUACAAGGCUCCAAGUAGAACAUCCCAUUACUGAGAUGAUUACAGGUACAGAUCUAGUAGAAUGGCAAAUAAAAGUAGCAUCGGGAGAAAAAUUACCUCUACCCCAAGAGAAAAUCAAAUUGAAGGGUCACGCAUUUGAGGCGAGAAUAUAUGCUGAAGAUCCUAGAGGUGGAUUUCUUCCAGGCGCUGGUCAUAUUUCGUUUCUUUCGACACCUGAGGAUUCAGAAGAUACUCGUAUUGAAACAGGUGUCAGGGAAGGAGACGAAGUUUCCGUUCAUUAUGAUCCCAUGAUUGCCAAACUUAUAGUUUGGGGAAAAGAUAGAGAUGAAGGACUUUCGAAACUAAAAGCAAAAUUAAGAGAAUAUAAUAUUGCUGGACUUAAAACAAAUGUCAACUUCUUAUUAGAUCUUGCUAGUCAUCCAGAAUUUAUGGCAGGAAAUGUCCACACCAACUUCAUUAAAGAUCAUUAUAAUACAUUGUUUAGAAAAGAGGAACCAACUGGAACUCAAAUAUGUUUAGCUGGAUUAGCAACUGUGCUAUUAGAUAAAGACUUUAAUGAUAUGAUUUCAAUUUCUAAAAGAGAUAAAUAUAAUCCUUUUAUUGUUGAAUCUAAUUUUAGGAUAAAUUACCAUGAAGAAAAAAAUGUUAAAUUACGAUUUAAAAAUGAUGAUUUGUUGGUUAAAAUCAAAUUCAAUGACUCAAAUAAUCUAAGUAUAUCAUGUGAUGAUGGAAAAACUUGGCAUGCAGCUUUUGGAAAAAUUAGGCAAGUUGAUAAUAGACGAAUACUAAACUCUACAAUUGAUGGAGUUAAAUGUAAAAGUACAAUUUAUAGAAAUGAAGAAAUAUUAGCCAUAUUUGAUGAAACUGGAAAGAUUGAGUUCUCUUUGCCCCAACCAUCUUACGCAACAGAUGAAGCUGAAGAAUAUUCAACUGGGCUAGUAAACAAGGCGGUCGCUCCAAUGCCUGGAGUAUUGGAUAAACUGUUGGUAAAAGCUGGAGAUAUAGUCCAAAAAGGAGAUUCUUUAUUCAUUCUUAUUGCUAUGAAAAUGGAAUACGUUGUGAAAGCAUCUAGAGAUGCUAGAAUUGAUAAAGUUAAUUUUGGUGUUGGUGAAAAUGUUCCUAAAGAUGCAACUAUAAUUCAAUUUAACGCAAAAAAUUCAUAAAGAUGUUACAUUAGAAGAUUAUUCAACAAACAAAACGUUUUGAAAAAUGUGUGGUAUAAAGUGAAAAACGUAGGAUUCAAAUUCUAAUCAUUCUUACAGAUACAUAAUGAUAACAAGUUAUAUUAUGUACUAGAAGAACUUAAGGAAAUUAAUGGAUAUUUAGGUUUUUCACUUUAUGCCUAACUUUGAUUAAUAAAAUAUAUUCAUUGUGCAUUCUUCUUUUCUAUAAGAAUCAAUUUUUCUACAUAAUAUACUUUCAGUACAUUAAUUUUAAAAUUAUUAUGGUAUAUUUUAAAAUUGGUACAUUCCAUAUAUUAUUAAAAACCAUUUGGUAAUUUUUUGUUGUAAUUUUAUCGUGGUUGAAACUAGAAAAAUGUGAAAUGAAUAAUUGCUUGAAUAUUGUGACAAAUGAUAAUGAUUUUUGUACCCCCGUUAAAAGGCAUAAGAAGUUUUUUGUAAUUUUAUAUUGUUAAUUGGGUAAUAAAGUUGUCAACAUAG